UAAACACGUGUAAAACAAUGACUGUGCAACAAUACUGAGAGACUGUGAUGCUAAAAUAUUGAGAAGAAUCGUUGCUGUGUUCGCGCAAACGUCGCACAUCCGCAUUUCCACCUUAAACGAAGUGUCUUUGUGGCGCGCGCGCGCCAUCUCUUCCGUUCCACCUUAAGCGCACGAUGCGAGCCAACGCACGCGUACAGUAGCCGUAGCUAAUGUUUCCGUUCUUCUCCAACACACACACACACACUCUCGGUCUGUGCGCGUGUGUGCUUUCUGCAGGAUUAAAUAAUCAGGUCGUCGACGCGCUGGCUGUGGAACAAUUUUUUUUAAAAAAAAAUAAAUAAAUAAGCAAACAAACAAACAAACAAAAACGCGCGCGCGCGCACACACACACACACACACACACGGAAAAAAAAAAAAAAAAACAAAUUAAACUUUUUGUUCUCGGGUGGAUCAUGUCGGAGCCGAGGUACCGCGAGUGGAUUCUGGACACCAUAGACUCGCUGAGGUCGAGAAAAGCGCGACCGGACCUGGAGCGGAUCUGCCGGAUGGUCCGGAGGCGACACGGAUCAGAGCCCGAGCGGACGCGCCUGGAGCUGGAGAGACUCAUCCAGGAGCACGCGGUGCUCAAAGUGAACUACAAGGGCUCGGUGUCGUACCGCAACGCGGCCAAAGUGCAGCGCGGCAGGCGGAGGAGCGAGCAGGCGGCCGGCAAGAAGUCCUCCUCCUCCUCCUCUUCCUCUUCUUCCUCCUCCAACAACAAGCGAGCUUCACCCGCAGAGCUGAACCACAGCGACAGCGCGCAGGGUCCCGCCGGGGACGACCCGGUGGAGGACAUGGAAGACGAGCUGUCCACCACGGCCGGCAUGGACAGCAGCAUGGACGAGGAGGAGGCCAGUCUGGACGCUCCCUGCAUGCAGAUACAGAGCUCUGCCGACUCGGGCAUCAGUCUGAGUCCUGUCAUUACAGACGCCGAGGCAGAGGUGACCAGAGCCUCGCCCACGCCCUCGAAGAACGACUCUUCAUGCCACAGCACCCCAGAGAAGGACCGAGACGCCGCUCGAGUUUCUCCUGAACGCACACAGCCUGCGGCUCAGCAAGACACGGGCUCCCUGGAGCUGGAAGCGGUGCUGCAGCCGGCAGCCAUCUGUCCCUCGGCCCAGCGGAGCGCGCUGACGCGGGAGGAGGAGCCGCGAGCCGGCGAGAGCGCACUCACUCCUGAUCAGCUGCUGUCCAACUGCACGGCCUCGCCGCACCAGGACGAGGCAGUGGGAUCAGACCACCUACAGGAGGGUAAAAAGUGCAGUAUCAUGGAUGUCAUUGCUCACUCACAAGGAACAGAAACAGCCAAGAAUGGAGGGAUGAAGAAAGGAGGGUUGUUUAAAGCGGAGGAGAUGGCACAGGACCUCUUGCAGUGGAGUGUGGCGGAUGUGGUGAGCUACUUCACUUCUGUGGGGUUUCCUGAACAGGCUGUGGCUUUCAGAACGCAGGAAAUCGACGGGAAGUCCCUCCUCUUGAUGCAGCGCAGCGACGUGUUGACAGGCCUGUCGAUCAGACUCGGCCCCGCCCUCAAGAUCUACGAGCAUCACGUCAAGGUCCUGCAGAAGAGCCACUUUCAGGAGCACAGUGACGUUUUCUCUUAAUCUCGCAUUGCCUCAAAGACUGACACGAACCCGCAGAGCCGAGCGAGGUCGCGGCAUGGGGAGAGAAAGGACUCGACACGCUCAGCGCUUUCCCGCCUCCGCCCGGCUCGACCGGAUUUCACUUCUCUCCUCUUCCUCUUGUCCUGCUCCAAAGAACACCACUGAGCUCGGGGAAUUCCCCAUCAAAUCUCUCUGACACUUCCGUUCCUGAGGGGGGAGGAGAAGGACAGCUUUUCAUUCAUCAGUGUUGUUUUUGUUUGUUCUUAUGAUUUACACUAUGAUCUCAGUAAUAUAUUUUUGUUUGCGAUAUUAUAUUGACAUUUCCUUAUAAAUUUUAAUAUGUAAAGCAGCCAGAUAUAGAAAUGAUAAUGUGGAUAUGUAAAGUUAGGAAAUAAAUUCCAAUUUCAGAAAUCUA